GGCCAAUUAUCUCCCUACAAGGACAAUGACGAUCGCGGGUUUGGUGUCAAAGAUGUAGGACUACCAGACCACUGCCAGAUAGAACAGGCCCAUACUCUGCAAAGACAUGCCCAGCGAUUUCCAACUAGCUACUUUGAUGAUGGCGUCAACGACGAGCGCUUUGCCCAGAAAGUUCAUAACUUCACCCAGGCUCACGCAGGUGCCAAGUUCAGUGGACCGCUAGCAUUCUUGAACACCUACACCUAUCCGAUUGGCGAGUCGUUUUUGACGGGCAUUGGCGCCAGUACCGAGUUUGCCUCAGGUCUUCAGUUCUGGAACCGAUAUGGUCGGAUUCUGUACAAUGCUACGGUUGGCCAGCUGCAAUACAAUGCCUCCUACACAAAUGGCACAGCUCGAACUAAGCCUGUUCUUCGAACAACUGGUCAGAGUCGUAUCGAGAACUCGCAGAUCAACUGGGCUCUCGGAUUCUUUGGCCCUUCUUUCUACCCUAGUCAAGAUCCUUCGCUCGAGGCCUUCACAAAUGCCUCACUGUUUGACGUUGUGAUCAUUCCUGAGGGCGGCACUGAGAACAACACCCUUGCGAGCUACGACUCUUGCUUUGCUGACUUGCUCGAUGACGUUGCCUAUGAGGGAGACUACGACCUGCUCCUUCAAUAUGUGCCAAAAUAUCUCAAGCACGCCACAGCACGCCUCCAACGAUACGUACCAGAAAGCUUUCCACUCAAUGUCAACGACACAUAUGCUAUGCAGUCCAUCUGCGCUUACGAAAAUGCCUACAUAGGCCAAAGUGAUUUCUGUAAAUUGUUCACCGAGGACGAAUGGGCAGGCUUUGAGCAGACGCUCGACAUUGAGUACUACUAUGACUAUGCCUGGGGAAACCCUACUGGACGUGCUCAAGGCCUCGGGUAUCAGCAAGAACUGCUUGCGCGUCUCACAAAGCAAUACAUUACGAGCAGCAACUCCAGCGUCAACAGCACGAUAACGAACAACGAACGAGAUUUCCCGCUUGGACGGCCAUUCUACGCGGACUUUUCACACGACGAUAUCAUCAUCUCGCUUCUGACUUCGAUGUCCGUUGAUUACUUCAGAGACCCUCCCAGCCUUGAGCAAUAUCCUCCCAAGCCGGACCGUCACUUUGUUCUGUCCCACCUGACGCCUUUCGGAGCACGUCUAGUGACAGAGGUGAUUGGUUGCGCAGAUUCGAAUCCUGUGGUUCAACAUGACCACCGAGUUUCGUACACCCCUGGCCAGUAUGGUUACUCGGCAACCAAUGCCACCUACAAGUUCAUCAGGAUGCGCCUCAACAGCGGGAUUGUUCCCCUCGAGACCAUUCGAGGAGGGCACCAGUACGAGAAUAUGAAGCUCGCGAACUACCAAUUCGCGUGCUUUGCCAAUUACACUGUUCUUCACCCAACGAAUGGACAUGACUACGACGGGACUGUCGACGCGCAAACAGAGGGUAAGUGA